AUGACCACACCGACUACCAAUGUCGACCUCCGAGCGAGUCAGCAGGAUGUCCCCUUGAAAGCAAUCAUCCCUUUCGUCCUCCUCCCACUUAUAGCAGUCAUUUGUCGCUUCAUCGCUAGGGGGAUACAGAAGCCGAAAUUUGAAUUCGACGAUUACAAUGGUCUCGCGGCCCUCUCAUUCACCCUCGGAUGCUUUACUCUCUCGAUGGAAAUGACACAUCUCGGAUCUGGGGAACACCUGGCAGCUGUUCCACUCGGAAACAUACCGCAGUACUCCAAGCCGUUACACAAGGGCAAACCCAAGACGGACAAGCGGAUACGCGGAUAUAGGGACGCCGAGACGAACAGGGAACAAUCUUGUGUUUGCGGAUGGGCCGAAGACGGCGAUUCCAUCCUCUUCGACCCACGCGCAGGAUGGAAGAGGGUUCGAUCCGGAGGGUGA